GUAAAUGUAACCUGUUGUCUAAAGCGACUUUACUUGUCCUGUGUCUUGAAACUUCAAUUUGUGAUUUCAGGAGUCUGCGGGAUAGCACUCGGUUUAAACAACUUACCGAGGGCCUCAUGAAAACAAUCCGCGCCUUUGAACUCGACACCGGUUUUGAAUUCUCCAUCACCAACGCCCUUACAAAAGCAACAGAGAACAUCAGCACUUACCAGCAGCUGUGGCUGGAAGACAGCAACUCCCAGAGCACGAAUACAUCUCCGAAAGCUGUCGCUAGGGGAGGCUACACAAACCACGCUUUGAAAGUCAGCACUGACUUACCCGUGACUGAAUCUGUAAGAAGAGUUUCCCCCAGAACCAAGAGGCAGAAAGUAGAUGCUGCCGCCAUCUCUGUUGAGAUAGAUUCGGAUUCCUCGGAUGAACCUUUGUUCACAGCUAAUGUCAACGUUAGUUCUGCCCUGCAACCUGAAAGUGUGAAUAAGCAAGGAACUUGCCAAACGGGGCCAGUUGAUCAGUCUCAAGCUGAAAGGCUCAUUGACGGAAAUAAUUCAAAACUGGCAAGUAAAACGGUGCUGGAGCAGCUUUUCUCAUCGGAAAUAGAUGAAAACAAUGUGUCAGACCAGGAGUUGGUCGAGUUGGACAGUGAUUCUUGUGCGAACGAAUCUGAGACCGCAGAAAAGCAAGAGUCUAAGGGCCCGUCUGAGAGGAGCUUCUGCAGCCCAGAGGUCCAUUCUCCACCCGGUGUUUCAAAUAAGGUGGAUUCUCAGAACCUCGCCGGACACAACGGGGAAAUGGUGGCAGCGACGGUGACACAGAUUUGCGCUGAAAACCAAUGUUUCAUCGACAGUGGAGAAGAGUUUUUGGACAAAUUGGCUUUGAAGAGAGGCAAGGGUGGGGAGUACAUCCCUGAAGAUCUCAAGACCAAUGACCACACUUCCCCAGCGAAAGGCUUUCUGAGGGGCGAAGAGAAGCCGAGCGACCCACCGGCCUCGGCCAAGAGAAAAGGGCAACGGAGCAUUGAGAGAGUCAGCGAGUGGUUGUCGAAUAUCGAUGCUGAGGAGGUAGCGUCUCUGGGCGUGAAAUUUAAUCCAAGUAGGCAGAGAAGGGAGUCGGACGCAGAGGGAGGAGAGAGCACCACAACCGAUGAGAAUUCCGGGUUAGGUUGCUCCGAAGCGAUUGCUCGGGGUGUGCUCCCGUCGCCUUUAGAAGAUAGAAAUCCGAGCAAAGCGGCCGGAGCCAAUGCCGAAGACCAAAUCUUUGGGAAAACCUACAAGCGAGGCAGGCGGGAGAGCCCUCGUAUCAGCAGGUUGAAGUCUGAUGGCAAAGGCCACGGCGAUGACCCGUCUCCCCGCGGAGAGAGCAACUUCCAUGGCGUCGAUUGCAACAAGCGUCAGAAAGGAAAGAAGAGGAAAAGCGGCUGCCUCCUGGGUCCCGAAGACUUCAUCAAGAAGAACGGCAGUGACCAGGACAAGGAGCAUCGAGGAGAUCACGAGGAACAUGCGACAGCUCGGAGCGUUCACUCUGAGAUGGAUAAAGCGACCAAUGGACAUUCCAACAAUCAGGACUUUGUCGUUGCCCCACUGGGGGGAGAGGCUGCUCGCAAUGUCCUGGCAGAAGAUGACGAUCGCUCAGGGGAGGAGCAAUGCAGAGGGCGGCCUGACCCGGAGCCCUGCGUAUCCCUUGCUAAAAGCAAGAGAAAGCUGAACAGAAACUCUGGAAAGAGGAAGGUCAAAAAAACGCCCGGGAAACAGCCCAGGAAAGGAACCAAACGUUUGCAGUUGGUGGGUCAGAACGAAAUGGAGAGGAUACAGCUGGCACAAGCCGACCCCGGCAGGAGUCCCAGCGAUGCGAACGAGAUUAAAAUCGAUAGCUUUCCCAGCAGCGAGGAGCCAGCCAGGAAGGAACAGGAAGUGAGGAGCACCAGAAGGAGCGGCAGGCUCAAGCUCCUGGACCAGGAGCUAUUGCUGCAUGGAAAUAGAAGGAGCGGGAAGUCUGGUUCAUGCCUCAAGACCGCCAGAAUUCCAGAGCCCAGUGAAGAGAGUGCUGACGUGCGUAGACCAGACCUGGUGAUCAUGGAAACCGGGAGCUCACAACUGCAGGAGGUCCUGGUUCCAAAGUUACCAGAUAACAUAAAUCGAGACAAUCCACCGCCUUGUGGAUUGUGUGAGUUUCCGCCGGUCCAACAGCUUAAUCCCACUAGUCCAGUAAAAUCGUUAGAAGUCGCACGGCAAGGCUGUGAUUUACCAUGUGGAGUUGAACACCUUCUGGGAUCUGAUUGCUCUUCUGGGACUCAGGCCAGCCUGUUGCUGCUCGCCCCCCAACCCGUGCACGGAGACCUGUGUGAUGAGCUACGCGUGCAGCCUGAAUGCGCAAAGGACCGCAAGCUAAGCGCUGGCGGUGUUUCCGGUUUAUCUGCUGUUCCGCCCGGAGACGAGUUAGCGGAGGCGACCGAAAAAAUGACCGUCGCUUCUGAAACCGAGGUGGCUCCAGAGACCGAAGACAGUGAGGUGGACACGCAGGCUUUGCUGAAGACGUUCAGGUCGACCAAGCGAAAGUCAUUCGUUCUGCAGCCCGUGGACAACAGAGCUCCUUCAGCUGCAAAGCCCGUGCCCACCAGUGGCGAACCUGCUGCUGACUUGAAGGAAACGAGUGAAAGGCUGGCGGUAAGGCUGGAGCGUGCCAGAGAUUUCAACGAGAGUCGCAAUGAGGAUGAGACCGGGUCCCAGAACGAGCAGGAAGAUGCUCUGGUCACCAGUAAAGCCAAAGCCAAGCUGCCAGUGGUUGAGUUGAACAUCAUGUCGCAGCAGUGCCGCAGGACAGAGGGGGAAUUCCUUGACUUUGUCCCUCCAACCUUUGGCUCCCCUGUGAUGCCUCCAUUCCCGCAGGGCGGUCAGCAGAGGGCGACGCCUCCAUCAGGAAGCCCAGGCGCGGCAACUAGGAGCAGCACCAGGUCAAGCAGAAGGAGAGGGUCGAGCGACGGUGUUGUGGCCGGUGUCACUGAGAGAGAAACCCUUCGCUCUGACCGAUCGAGCCAACGCAACAGCCUGGUUCCUGCCACCCCGACUAGCGAGCACGGCCAGAGCGUUCAACAGGCCAACCCAGGGUUCCCGUGUGGAGUGGAGGAGAUCACUGUCGGCACAGAACUUGCCUGCAGCUCCAACCCUGAGUCCACGCUGUUGUUUUCAGCUAAAAGUCAGGCGGUAACGGGAGAAGGGACUCGACUCAAGUCGGGAUCGAAAGCCGACGAAAUGUCAGAACCAGGAGGGUUUUGUAACCGAGGUGAGCCAUCCCACUCACAACGCAACUUUAGGGCCAAAGUUGGAGACGGAGAUUCAACAGAGGAUGAAUUAGCCGACCAGGCUGAGGUGACGAAGGUGGCCUCCCAGCUGAAGGAGAGAAGGUCUCCGCUAGCUUCACCGAUGGGCUCCUCAACCCCCGAGGGCCUGGUGGAGGAGAGAGUGAACCAAGGCGGCCUGGAGAAAGAGGGAGGUGAAGUGCAGAGCGAGAGCCAAGUGAGGAGAGUUGAGGAACUGCUACACUGCGAGGACGAGGAGAUGGCUGAACCAAGUGAGCGGGGCCUGGAGGACAGCGGUGGGCCUGCUCUGGUUGUCGGGCGGCGGAAGCGACCUGUUAAACUCUCUUCUUCGUCCUCCUCCGGAUCGGAAUUGAGUGAUGAGGAGCUCCCGUGCUUCCAGAUGUUUGGGUUUAAGAAGUCGGGAUCGAAUGUCACAUCAGCGACUCAAAGUCCCUUAAGCACAGCUCUUGUGCCUUCGAAGGACACGCUGGGCAAAAUCUUUUCACCGCCGCCGAAGAGCGACGCGGGAAUUAAAAACACUUGCUCCCAAGUAAAUGCUGCGCUAGAGGAAUUCCGCGAGAACUUGCUCAGAAAUCGAUGCCUCUCCCCGAGCGAGUCGUCGGAGGAAUCUCCCGACUUGUUCUCCUCCGACUCUGACUGUUGUUCCACCCCGUCCGGUUCCCAGGCCGAGCAGGGGGCGAGCAACAAGCCGGCUCGGGAACCAAUCAGUUCUGGGAGCAAGACCAAAAGAGACGGGAAAAGGCGGUCGUCUCAAGUGGCUAAAAUCGAAAAGACUUUGCAAAGAAGAGAAGCCUCAGAUCAUCAGCAAUCCAGGGAGCCAGGGGAGGCCGUGCCAGAGCAUUCAGGAGGUGGGCAAGCGGCUUGCUAUGACAGUGAAGCCAGCCACACAGGGGACUCUCUCUCUUCGGACAGUGAGCUCCUCACCACACAGCAGCGGGACGCAAUACAGAUCAACUUAAAGAAGCUGAAGGAGGAGAUGGCUGUGCUAGAGGCAGCUCUGGAGCAGGACACAGAGCAGCAGGCAAGCCAGAACACCGCGCACAGCCUUUCCCGGAGCCCCCAGGACACAUCCCCGGUGCUGUCUGAAGACGAGCAGAGCGCGGUGGCAUCAGUAACUAGAGCAGGUGCUGGUCAGGCUCUCUCAGAGGCUGCUACGAAUCUGAUCAGCGAAUCAAAAUAUGUUGCGGAAACUAUUCCCACCGAGCCAGAGUCACAGCAGGACACCAGCCUAAUCUUUAGGGACAGAGAGCAGAAUGAAUGCCCCGAAUCUCCCGAGUAUGCGGUGUCCCCUUCUCUCACCGAACGGCAGAUGAACAGAAUGCCGUUGACAAAUUGGACAGUGGCCGGAGCGCUGGGCCGAUCCCAAUCGGAAAGAAACUCUCAGGGAGAAGACGUGGGCAUUCCUCAUACACCACCACAACAAGAGAGCAGAGCGAGCGCUGUUACAGCGGGUCAGGAAGAGCUGGGAGGCGUUGCAAAGCUGCAGAGGUCCAACGGCAAAGGGAAGGACUGUGGUUCAGAACAGACAGAAGCCGUUGGCAGUUUGCUUGCUGCCUCGUCGAGGUGCCAGCCGGCACCGGGCACAGCCGCCAGCGCCUGCACAUCACAGGUAGCGGACGGGGUUGGAAGGCCAGAGGCUUCGUCCGAGGGCUUGGAGCAGAGCAGGUCCCUCCUCACGUCAUCGCCCAUCUUCAACAAAAGUGCAGACUCUGCCACCAGCAAGAGCCCGGCUAUGACAACUCAAAGAAAAAUGUCCUUCGUGGCUUCAGGCCUGGAUAAACAUGAAAUUCUGUUGGUUCAGAGAUUUGCAGAGAAAACAGGAGGUGCCAUUACCAGCCAGUUCUUACCCAGCACAACCCACGUGGUCAUGAGAACAGGCACCUCGCUCGUCUGUGAGAGGACCCUGAAAUACUUCCUUGGAAUAGCUGGGAGGAGAUGGGUAAUCAGUUAUCAGUGGAUAUUGGAGUGUUUCAAAGAAGGCAGGAUAAUUGAGGAGAGCGAGUUUGAGGUGCGAGGCGAUGUGAUCAAUGGAAGAAACCACCAGGGUCCCAGAAAAGCCAGGCAAACCUCCAAUGGACAACUCCUGCUCACAGAUUACGAGGUUUGCUGUUGGGGCUCAUUUACCGGGAUGAGCAAAGAUCAGCUGGAGUGGAUGGUGGAUCUCUGCGGUGCCUCCAUCGCUAAGGAACCUUAUUUAUUCACCUACAACCCCGGCCGAGUGUCUGUGGUGGUGGUGCAGCCUGACGCUAACCCAGCAAGCACCGACUAUAGAGGGAUGGAGCGCAGGUUCAGUGCUGCGGUGGUGACCCGGGAGUGGGUCUUGGACAGCGUGGCUUGUUAUUGCUGUCAUCCGCUGGAAGCUUACCUGCUCGGCUCUCCGCGCUGAUGCCCCGCGAGAGACACCGGAUUAUCCACGGGCCAGAGAGAGAAAGAGAGAGAGAGAGAGACAUACAUGCCGGAUAGAGCGCUGAAAGCAAUCGCUGGGUGUGCGGUGAGGGCGUGGUGGGGGGGGGGCGCAGGGGAGAGAGAGAGAGAAAACGCCCGUGGAAAUUCUCAUCGAAUAAAGACCCGACGGGCGCGAGGAAAAAUCCAUUCACUGUUUUAUUUUGCUGAUCCGGAUUUCCUCUGUGGGUGACCCUUCCUGUCCCUGUUGUUCAGAAGAGCAGAGUUCCCGACUUUAUUUUUAAAAGCAGCGAUUAAUUGAACGCACUUUCCUUGCAAAUGUCUGCCGCCUGACGGGAGUGUUGGGUCGGGGGCCUGUUAAUGCCGCGUGCCUUUCUGUGAUGAUGGUGUAUGUACGAGAUCCAUCCCUCUCCCACUCACCUCCUCCCUCCCCCCCCACCCUCCCCCCUCCUCCUCCUCCUCACCAGCUGAUACCUCAUGUGCUUAAGUGAUAAAGUGCAGCCGUGGGAGGGAGGGAAGGGCACUAUAAUGUGUGUGGAGUAGAUUGCAGCACUGUACGCUUCUCUCAGUGAGCACAGCUGAUCCUGCAGCCCGCGGUUAAUUGCACUCAGCAGUUCUCAGUCAGUUACUGGUACAAGAGGACUGCGAAAAGGAAAAUGCACGUUUGGAGUAUGUGCGUGUGCACACACACACGUGUGCACGCCUCUCUCCAGUUCGAUCUCCAGCUUGCCAUGUCACUGUCUCAACGCUUUCCCUGACCGUAGAGUUUUCCUGACGUUUUUCUGCUGAACUCGGGAGAAAACUGCAGCUUCUCUGCUCUCGAUGCGUCUCCUUCGCAAAUCUUUUAACAAAAAAAAAACCUUGAUGUGCCGCAGAAUUAAACCCAGGCUCUGUGCCCGGGCUGAGAUGUGGCCUGUGAUAUCUGCUGAUGCCACGCGCACACACACACACACCGGCACGAUUUCUCCACACAGUAGACAGUUUUCCGAGACUCCGCAGUAAUGGAAAAUUUAGUGGCUUUUCAUACCACGAUGGAUUUGAGGCUCGACUGCAGACUGCAAUCUUUCUUGCCUGGUUGGGGCUGAGCGAAAUGGGGGGGUGAUGGGGUGGGGGUGAGGGGGGAAGAGUGUUGCAGUUUCCAGUGCCAACCUGCCCUAUGGUACAUCUUCUGCGCCCUAGGGCUCUGCUCGCACCGACUGAUCUUGUACGGAGCUGCUCACAAUCAAUUGGUCGUUGUUCCGUGCGCAAUUGGCUGCCGCGUUUCGCACGAAAUACGCAGUCAGCUCACUUGACGGCGAAUGCAAGGAUUAUUAUUAUUGCUGCCGCAGGGCAAGAGGGGCAGCAAUACUGACGACCAAUUGAUUGAGCUGCUCUGACGUAUAAGAAAUUAGGACGUCGGUGUGAAAAAGCACGGUCUUGUGGUAGCGUCUUACAGCACAGGGAGGCUACAAAGCAACGAACUGGAGAGGGUUGUGCCAGAGACUGGUUUGCCUGCUCUGUGUCGUGUAUGUGUGUGUGUAUAUAUAUAUAUAUAUACACACACACACGCAUUGUCGUUAAAGGUUUGUACAAAGGUAUGAAAUAUCUAUUAAAAAAAAGUAUAAUUUUGUAUAUUUUCUUUGCCAUUAACACUGCAGAUUAAAGGG